AUGGAGGGAAUUUUAAGGGCCGUGCUUGGAGGUGCCAAAUUGGGGGACUCCUGGACGUGUGGCCAUCAACUGGAGGACCAGGGAAAGCAGGAGAGACAUUUGAGGUGUUUGUUUGCUACUCCCAAGCGAAACACCUGUGGGGAGAGAAGACUUGGCUGUAACGAGCUUGAGAGAAGUUUCAGGCGGACCUCCCCCUUCAUAAGGAAGCAGAGAGUGCCCAGGGGAGAGAGGCCUCAGAAAUGGAAUGGGCCACGAAAGAGCUUGAAACGCCAAAGGACCUUUGUGGAAAAGAAGCCGUUUAACUGCACAGAAUGUGGGAAAGCCUUCAUUUACCAUUCGGACUAUCUUCUCCACCAGAGAAUUCACACCGGAGAGAAACCCUACAAGUGUAACGAUUGCGGGAAGGCGUUCAGCAACAGCUCGUAUUUCAUCCAGCACCACAUCAUCCACACGGGAGAGAAGCCCUAUGCCUGCAAGGAGUGCGGCAAGGCCUUCACUCAGAGCUCGUCGCUCACCGAGCAUCAGAGGAUCCACACUGGAGAGAAGCCAUACAAAUGCAGGGAAUGUGGGAAGGCCUUCACUCAGAGCUCCUCCCUCAUUAAACACCAGCGAUGCCACACCGGGGAGAAACCCUAUAAAUGCAACCAGUGUGGGAAGUUCUACUCACAGGUGUCCCACCUCACCCGCCACCAGAAAGUCCACACGGGUGAGAAGCCCUACAGAUGUGGCGAGUGUGGCAAGGCUUUCUGUCACACUUCCUCGCUGACUCAGCACCAGACAAUCCACACGGGAGAGAAACCCUACAAAUGUAACGAGUGUGGGAAGACCUUCAGCCACAGCUCAUCCCUCACGCAGCAUCAGCGAGUUCACACUGGAGAAAAACCCUACGAGUGCUCUGAGUGUGGGAAAGCCUUCAGCCACAGCUCAUCCCUGACUCAGCAUCAGAGAAUUCAUACCGGUGAGAAGCCCUAUGAGUGUAAUGAGUGUGGGAAGGCUUAUACGCAGAUUUCCCACCUCAUGAGGCACCAGAGCAUUCACAUGGGGGAAAAGCCCUAUAUAUGUAAUGAGUGUGGAAAGGCUUUCAGUCAUACAUCAUCAUUUACUCAACACCAGACUAUUCACACUGGUGAGAAGCCCUACAAAUGUAACGAAUGUGGGAAAACCUUCAGCCAGAACUCUUCACUUACACGCCACCAGAGGAUUCACACUGGGGAGAAGCCCUAUGAGUGUAAGGUUUGUGGGAAGGCCUACACCCAGAUUUCCCACCUCAUCCAACACCAGAGGAUUCACACUGGAGAGAAACCUUACGAAUGCAGUGAGUGUGGGAAAGCCUUCAGCCGGAGCACCCACCUUAUCGAGCAUCAGAAAAUCCACACGGGUGAGAAACCUUACAAGUGUAAAGAGUGUGGGAAAACGUUCAGUCACAACUCGUCCCUCACUCAACAUCAGAGAAUUCACACUGGCGAGAAACCCUACGCCUGUAAGGAAUGCGGGAAAGCCUUCAACCAGAGCAUCCACCUCAUACAGCAUCAGAGAAUUCACACUGGAGAGAAGCCGUACAAAUGUAACAACUGUGGGAAAACCUAUACCCAGAUUUCACACCUUAUUCAACACCAGAAGGUUCACACGGGUGGCAAACGCUUUGCGUGUAAGGAGCGUGAAGAGGAUUUCAGCUGGAGUUCACACCUGACUGAACAUGAGAGACUUCACACUGCACGCAGUGCCUAUGUCUGCGAUGGUUUUGAGAAAGCCUUUUCUUGGAGCACACAAGCCUGA